CAGACAGACAACGACUAGGGGCGUUCGCCGACAGGCCGCUUUUCCUUGCGGCGCGAGCAACUUUGGCCCGAGAUCUUCGCAUACCUCACCCACCUUCCCUGAGCCAUUGUGGGCGAUGCCGCAGCAAUCCGCUCUACUUCUUCCCGCGGGAGUCAUCGUCUCGGCGUUGGCCAGCACGUUUCAAUCUCCCCUGGUGGCUCGCCCGCUCGAGGCCGUCACUCCAAUCCAUUCCACAGCCCGUGGGAAGGCCACACAUUACCUCUCACAGCCCAUUGCGGCCCAGACGGGCAAUCAGGGGCAAAGCCAAGACUCUCACACUCAAUUGGACGCCGAAAAGGUCAAUCAAAAUGAAUGAUCAAAAGACCUGCUCAGCCUUCUGAAUAUGCUCUCCCUGUGUGUUGUCGCAGAGCUCUGGCAAGGACGAGCGGAACACGUCCGAGCCAUCAGACAGCACCUUGCCGUCGAGUGGUCCUCUUCCCCCAACCGAUGGUCAGAAAGGUCGUCAGCCACAACACGAGUGCAAGAGCAUCCCUCUCUGUGGGUUUGCGUGUGUGUGUGUGGGCUGGUUGCAGGUGCUCCUCUGCAAGUCAUGAACUUCAUCAACUACGGAGACGAGCAAGUCGCUGAGAAGUGGCUGGGGGUUCCUUUCCGCCGAGCUUCUGCCACCCCUGGUCAGUCAGCGAACCAGUGAUAGCGAGGCGGAAAUGAGAUCACCCCACCCACAUGUCUGUAUCGCUGUGCACCCGGUCCAUGCAGCUCCCAGCGAAGGCCCCCCUCCAAUCACAAUCACUGGACUGGAGACUCCAGUGGAGCGCAUUUCCAAGGGCGUUUCCAAUGGCGGCCUGGGCUUUCUGGUAGGGGCCAUCGGCUUGUCCAUCGGGAUCAUCUUCUGUGGUUUUGGCCUCGUCCUCUUCGGCCUUAAUCAGGCCGGCAUCAAUGGUGUGGGUGCGAUCAUCGCCGCACUCGCAUUCUUGGGUGUGGCCUUGGGUGUGGCGUUUGUCCUGGUGAUGAUGUUAAAAUCACUGGGGUAGGCACCACGGCGUCGUGACACACCGUACGUGUGAGACAGCUAGACAGACAGGUGCUUAGAGGGGGGGAAGGGCUGGUGGGGGCGACUAUCUCCCUUGUACAGACAUACGGUUUUGCUUACUUGACUCAUG